AUGCCGCGCUCCUUCCUGGUGAAGAAACCCUCCAGCACCCGCGUCCCCAACUACGGGCAGCUGGAGACGCGGCGGCGGCAAGAAAUCAAUGGCGCGUGCCACUCCUGCGGGGGGCUGGUCUUCCCCAUCCUCAUCCCGAAUGACAGCGCCCCUUCCACGCCCUGGGACAGCAGCUCCAUCCUCGCCCGCUUCUCCUUGCCUCUCCCACUGGAUGGUGAUACCAAAAGGACUCCCAGCACAAGCCCCCACAACCUGGAAAUCAGCCUGGUGGACACGUUAACGGGCCGAGCCCCGGGCACCCCUCUCAAAGACAACCAGAACAAUCUCAACCUGCCAUCUGUCCUCAGCCUGCCCCCAAGGAGGCCAUCCGACCCGGGGAGCCCAGCAGAGGGGGACAGGGGAGCCCAGAACAAACUGCAAGGGGCACGGGGCAGGGCAGCUGAGCCCUUGGAGAGAUUUGAGUGCUUUGACUGCCACAAGUCCUACCACACCUUCUCCGGGCUGGCCAAACACCGCCAACAGCGCUGCCUGCUGCAGGCCAGGAAGUAUUUCAACUGCAAGUACUGUGACAAGGAGUAUGGGAGCCUGGGGGCGCUCAAGAUGCACAUCCGCACCCACACGCUGCCCUGCGUCUGCAAGAUCUGCGGCAAAGCCUUCUCCAGGCCUUGGCUGCUCCAGGGACAUAUCCGAACACACACAGGAGAAAAGCCCUACAGCUGCUCGCACUGCAGCCGCGCCUUCGCCGACCGCUCCAACCUCCGCGCCCACCUGCAGACGCACUCGGACGUCAAGAAGUACCAGUGCCGGGGCUGCUCCAAGACCUUCUCCCGGAUGUCUCUGCUCUCCCGGCACGAGGAGGCUGGCUGCUGCCCUGCAUCCUGA